AUGUUUUGGGGCAACAAAACUCCGCAGGACUCCGAACAGGAUCUGGCGCGUACCGAUUCAGCUUCGAAGAACGAUCCCGCCGCAUCCGCCUCACAAGCUUCUGGUACAGCAUGGCUCGCCGGGCACUUGCACCACCUGACACCGGAGCAGGAUGAGAAGCUGCAGGAGUUUAAGGCACUAUGCGCCGAGCGGAAAUACUAUACCCCUGCUGUGGAACAAGCAGAUGGCGUUGAAGCGAAGCCCGCCAGUCAAGAUGAUGCGACUUUGUUGCGAUUCCUCCGAGCUCGCAAGUUUGAUGUCGAGGGCGCAUGGACUCAAUUCAAGGACACGGAAGACUGGCGCAAAGACAACGCCAUCGAGGAGCUAUAUGAGAAUAUCAGCGUGGAUUCAUACGAGGCCGCUCGGCGCAUGUAUCCCCAAUGGACAGGCCGUCGCGAUCGUCGCGGAAUCCCUGUCUACGUCUUCCAGAUCCGCCACCUGGAUAACAAGGCUAUCGCCGCUUACAACUCCACCAUGACUACCGGUACACCCGAAACUCACAAAUCAUCCACAGUCCCUGCGCGCUUGUUGAAUCUCUUCGCUUUGUAUGAGAACCUCCUCCGAUUCGUGAUGCCGCUCGCUUCCUCGCUCCCACGUCCAAACCCGGAGACACCUAUCGUGACAUCGACCAAUAUCGUGGAUGUCAGCGGUGUUGGGUUGAAGCAGUUCUGGAACUUGAAGAGUCAUAUGCAGGAUGCUAGUGUUUUGGCCACGGCGCAUUACCCCGAGACAUUGGAUCGAAUCUUUAUCAUCGGAGCACCCUCAUUCUUCCCAACCGUCUGGGGCUGGAUCAAGCGCUGGUUCGACCCAGGCACCACAUCGAAGAUUUUCAUUCUCUCCGCUGCAGAGGUUGAGCCCACUCUCACCUCCUUCAUGGAGCCAUCCAGUAUCCCCAAGCAAUAUGGCGGCGAGCUGGACUGGUCGUGGGGCGAAAUGCCUAACUUGGACGAGCCCAGCCGUGAACUGCUCAGCGGCAUCGAGCAGCCGCUUGCCGACGGCCAAACCCGGAAGAAUAUCCUCAAGGGCCCUGUAUUAUUCGAGGGCGACCACCUCAAGGUUCUGGGCACUGUUGACGGAAAGGAGCGAAGGGAAAUCGUCCCUGUUCCGAAGACACAGGCUUCGGUCGAGUCAGAGGCUAACUCUGCAGAGACUAAAGUAGACGAGAGUGAGAAGACUGUUGACGAGGUGGCCGUCAAAGUCAACCAGUUGUCUGUGGAUGAGACGCAGAACACUGUUGCCGCAUAG